AUGGCGACGACAUUGCUCGGCGCUUUGGCGCUGGCCUCGGUGCCGUCAGCACUCGCCUUCCGCAACACCUCGCCCUUCUUCCUGUUCUCUACCGCCAACUUGAACAUCAACGCCAACGAUGUCGAGAUCGCCCGGUCGACCCAGGUCCUUGCCCAGGUCACCAACGCGCUAGAAAGCUGCCCUUCCAGGACGUAUGUUGUCGUGCGGCAAGAGGGCGUCUCUUCCGCCGACUAUCGCAAUGACGACGGACUCUCGUGGCUGGGCCGGUACAUGAGCGGAUACAACAGCGAAGUGAAGAGCACAUUGGCUGUGCCAGAAAUGCUGGAGAGCGCGGAUGCAAGCGUGGGCGUGACGGAAUAUCUGCAGAACAAGUGCGGUGUCCAGGCGCCAGCUAGAACCGCAUCUCCGCUGCUCAUCUACGUUUCUAUGGCAGCGCCGCCUUCGGGCUCCCUACGACCAUUCAACCUCAAUGCGCUUGACGCGCAACUAAAGACCGUCGUCGAGAACUGGGCCGACUCGCAAGACUACACAGUCAUCUAUACCACCACACCUCCGGCCAGCGAGCAAACCAAAACUGCCGUCGAAAAUCACCACGCAUACGAAAUGGAGGACCCCUUCGGUGAGGCGGUCCAAAUGGAGCUAAAGCGCGAUCUCUCGGCACACAAGCGAGCUGCCUCGAAGCAAGGCGGCCUUUUCGAGAAGUACCAGUACUUCACGCCAGGCCUGUUCAUGGGCCUCGCCGCCAUCGCCCCGCUUUUCCUUAUUAUCUUCGUCGGGACUCAAGCCCUAUCGAGCUUAGAGGUGUCUUACUUCGCUUUCAGCAAAGAGAUGGGACCCACUGCUCAGAAGAGGCAGUGA